AUGCAAACGGAUGAAAAAAAUGAGAAUGAAAAUGUGGAUGUUACGGACGGCGUCAUUACACUUGACAAGGUGUCGUUGUUGCAAGAGAGCGUAGACAAGACAGCGUUGAGCAUGUUCAACGCGCUGCGGCUACUACCACUCGUGACAGGAGACGAAGCAAACAAGCAAGAGGCUAAGGACGCGAUAAUGACGCUAGCGAAUGAUGUUUUAAGAAUGGUGCAGGAGACCGACGUUCUUAUUGACGACCUGCCAGGGCUUGACAAGACGGAGGCUGAACAGAUGGAGGAGAUGCGACGGCUGCAAAUUCAGAGUGAGGAGGAGGCACAAAAUUUGCGUCAGGUUGCAGAGGAAGCAGAGAGGUGGAUGGAGCGUUCGCGCGACUCAUUGCGAGUAAUCUCGGAGACGCGCUUGCACCACUGA